CCUAAUCGAGUGUGUCUCUAAAGAAUCAUAUAAAAACAAGGAUAAGCACUGACACACACACAGACGCAGAGAGAUGGAGCAGAUACGCAAAGUAGCUCUAGCUUAUUACAAGGAGAGUUCAGAUGAGACUAAAGAGCAUGUUAAAAAGCUUUUCAAAAAGAUAGAUGCGGACGGAAAUAGAAAGGUGAGUCUCGAUGAGUUCAAUGAGUACUGCAGGAGAAAGAGUAAAAAGUUGCCAAAGCACUGCUUCAAUGAACUAGACAAGAACGGAGACGGCUUCCUAGACUUCGAGGAAAUCAUCGUUUUCUUUUACAUCAUUCAGACGAGGACAAUAUCAUGCUCUGGAUGUGGUUCGUUGGUAAUGGGUAUGUAUUUCACAUGCGCCAUUUGCUUCUACACUGAGACUUCCGUCAACCACAAUCUUUGUUGCAGCUGCCACCAAUCUGGUAAAUCUGCUGGCUGUGAGCACAGCAACCUGGUUGACAACUAUGCUCUCCUCCAGGGCAUAAAAACUACGGUUAAAACCAAAAAGAUGCCUCCUUUCGUUUCUGAGAUUGCGGACAAAGCUGGGGAAUUCGUUGUUGAAAAGAUAGAGGAAUGGGCAGCCGAAACACUACAAGACAAAUCUGAGGAUCUACUUGACGCAGUCGACGACGCAAUUGAAGCAGUAGAUGAUCUACUUGACGCACUGGACAAUGCCUGUAUCUUCAUGUGAUGUGUGAUGGGUGGUAAUUUGGAUCAACAUCUCUCUGGUGUAGGUUUGUUGUGUUUAUUGCAAAACCCUUGAAUGGAUUUCUGUAAUAAAUAACACCGAAAUGGUGAAUUACUGUCGUGCAUGACAAAGCUAAUAAAUUAAAAUCACCUUUGGACCUCUCUAGUGCAAUUGGUUUC